AUGGACCCAUCCGCGGGUCGUGAUCCGGCAAUGGAGGGUACGGCGGAGAGCGCGCAACCUGAGCAGGAGCUUGCCACGCCUCGACUGCACUCUUCUGCACGCCCCUCCGCAAGUGAGCCCAGUAUUCGUGGGCCCCUGCUUGGGUUGCAUCCAACCGCCCUGCAGGUCAGCCUCGCCAGGAGCACGGGCGUUCACCACCGCGUCAGCCACCGCGGCAGCAAUCACCUCGCCGUCGCUCCCCAGAGCAUCGCGGCGGUCGCCGCCAUGGGGCUGGCGAUCAUCUGUCUCAAGCGAAUCCUCGCUCUCCUCGUCACGAAUCCCCCCGAGGUUGGGGAGCCCAGCGCUCACCGUGAGCGCGAUCCCCUGCGCAGCGCUCUCCGCGUCGAUCUCCAGCGAGGCGGGGAAGGGGGAAGGGGUCGCCUGGGCGCCGCUGGGAUUCUGGGCGCCGCGAACAAUCCCCCGGGCGUCCGCACUCGGCUGGUUCUGGCGGCCGCCAAGGUCGGCGGAAUGGUUCAGGACGGGGCGAGGACAGUCCCCGUCGUGAUCCAGCCCGGCUCCGCUACGCGCGCCAACUUUGCGCGAGUAUCAGCCCGUGCGGGAGGCGAGGGCCCUGUUCCGCACCGCUUGGCACGCCGGCGGCGUUUCCACACUCAGCAGUUCUCAUUUGGCGGAGCCCUUGGCCGGCCGGCAGCAUUUUCGCGCGAAGAUCCGAUUGUACCUCCCCCCACUCGCGCGGGGAGAGACCCCAUGCUGACCAUGUGCCGGAUGCUGAAUCUGGCGGAGGCGUGCGAGGGGGUGCCGAGCUUGCAGAUGCAUUUGGAGCCCGUAUCGGUAGCGCCCGCAGGGGUGGCGCCCUUAGCGCGUACCUUUCCCCGCCACGUGGACGAUCUUGUUGCAGCUGCGGGUGCUGGGACGCCGGUGGAGACCCUUCACACGUUGGCAGCUCCUCCUCACGGUAUCGGCGUGCAUGCACUCGAUGCUUGA